ACUGUUUUCUACCUUUACAGGUCGGCAGGUUUGGUUUUCGGGCUGGUUCGUCCGUCGAAAGUUGGAUACACGUCUACGGUUUCAACUUCUUAACUCGUUACUGGACUACUUUUACUUUACACAAAUGUUUGCUUUUAGUUUUCUGACUAAAAGACACAAAGUGGGUUUGAAUUUCGAUAUUUUUGCAUAUUUUUUUGGUCAGUGAAUCUCUCCAGGCACCUCAGCCGAGGAGGCUUCUUCUGAGGAUGUUUUAACGGUCGGUUAGCAUACCGUCACGGUAUUCCGCACGGUUUUAUUUUAAACUAAAUAUUAGUAUGAAGAUGCAGCCUAUGGACUAAUGAUCUUAAUCUGUGGGGUGGGGUGCUGCCAAAGAUAGUACGAUCCAAUAUAGUAAUGCACUGGAUUGAACCUACACGGUGCCACCUAAUCUUCUAGUUAUAUAGACGUUAUUUUUGAAUAUGCCCACUUUACAGCUGCUUUACUGAUUACUUGCUCCUUCUGCAUUUUAUAUUGAGUGGUGAACAAAGUGGACGAGACGUUUUACAGUGUGUAAUCCAUCAUUCUCUUGAACAGAGACGAUGGCACUGAGUGGGAACUGUAGGACUCAGCCUGCGCCUAAAGAGCAAACGUGCGCACAAAACUGCUUCCCAGACGUAAUUGAGCUAAAUGUGGGCGGCCAGGUGUACUACACACGCCACGCCACACUGGUCAGCCUACCCGGGUCACUGCUGGGCAAAAUAUUCAGCCCGAAAAGCAACACCUUGCCCGAUCUCGCCCGAGACAACAAGGGACGCUACUUCAUCGAUCGUGAUGGCUUCUUGUUCCGCUACGUGCUGGACUUUCUCCGGGACAGGCAGGUGGUCCUGCCCGAGCACUUCCCCGAGAAAGCCAGACUAAGGAAAGAAGCGGAACACUUCCAGCUGCCCGAUCUGGUGAAAUUACUAAUGCCUGAGGAGGUGAAGCCCGGUUCGGACGACUGGGGCCACAGCGACCACGAGGACGGUUCCUUGGGAAGCGAUCAUCGCGCGUGUCCGCCUCCGUCGCUCGUGCCCGCCGAUCGGAAAAGCGGCUUUCUCACCGUGGGCUACCGAGGCUCAUGCACGGCAGGCCGCGAGAGUCAAGCAGACGCCAAGUUCAGGCGCGUUCCUCGGAUCAUGGUGUGCGGCCGAAUCGCAUUAGCCAAAGAGGUCUUCGGAGAGACCCUGAACGAGAGCCGCGACCCUGACCGCACUCCCGAUCGCUACACGUCGAGAUUUUACCUCAAGUUCAAGCAGCUGGAGCGCGCCUUCGAUAUGCUCUCCGAGUGCGGAUUCCACAUGGUGGCGUGCAACUCAUCACUUUCGUCCUCCGUCAUCAGCCAGCAGCACAUCGAUGACAAGAUGUGGUCCAGUUACAUGGAGUACGUCUUUUAUCGUGGUCCAUCACGUUGGUCCUCGCCGGCAUGCGACUGCUGCUGUAAGGGCCACAAAGGCGAAGGAGAGGGUGAAAGUGGCACCUCCUUUAACGAGUUAUCCACCUCAAGCUCAGAGAGCCAAUCGGAGGCUAAUUCUCCCCAGGGCACGGUCAUCCGAGGCCCCGUUACCCGCCAGACGCACGUCCAGACUCUCGACCGACCGCCCAAGAAAGAAAGGCCAGGCGCGCAGCACCUGCAGCAGCAGCAAUCCGAGCAGCGACGCAAGAGCGACCUUCUUCGCACCCUCACCGCAAGCUCCCGGGACACCAGCAUCAGCAAAAAGCGACCUGCCAAAGAAAAGAUGAGCGUGGAAGAGGAGCUGGAGAAGUGCAUCCAGGACUUCCAGAAAAUCAAGAUCCCUGAACGUUUCCCAGAGCGCAAGUACAUGUGGCAAGCUGACCUUCUGCGCAAGUACCGGCUUUGAGAAAAGGCAAAAACUAGUGUUGAAGCAGGAGUUUAAAUCUGUGUACGGUGUUAACGAUGCACACGUUCUGUGACACUGGAUCCAAGAUUUCAGGUUGACUUGAACGCGUCCAUGUAGCGCACAAGGUUAUUGUUUUCAUUUAAAA